AUCCCCAUCCCAUGGAUCUUGGAUGUGUUCACCGUCGACGGAGAAAUAUACAUCGUCCAAGAAAACAUUGCUGCACCAGUUUUGGAGGACAUAUGGUGUACGCUAUCACCUGAAGAGCAGCAAAGCUCAAUGGAUCAGUUGAAAGACUGUCUCGACCAACUUCGCACAAUAGAACCUCCCAAACCAGAGCGCGUGCAGUCCAUAGACGGGUCAGCGUGCUCCGAUUUUCGGAUAGCUUCUGAAUACGGCCCAUUUAAUAACCACGACGAGUUCCACAAGUAUUUCGGACACGAGUUCUUUCACAUGUUUCCAGAGAAGUAUCCUCUUCUACAGGAUGUGUUGUCCAAAGUUGCUGGACGGAGGUACAGGAGUGUUUUCUCGCAUGGAGAUAUGGGACCGCACAAUGUUCUGUGGAAGGACAGAAAGAUUUGGGUUAUUGAUUGGGAGAUGGCAGGUUGGUUCCCUGGUGGUGGGAGAUGUUCCAAGAGACUGUGA